UUUGUCCCCAAUCUACAGUGAAAGCAGCUCAGCUCAAUUGCGAAAGAAAGAAUCUCCUUUUCUUUUGUUACUGAGCAGAGACCGUUCUUGUCUCCAUUCUUGAUUCCUUCACGCUGAACAACAUGAGCAUGGAGUGACUUUUGUGACACACCUCUUUGGAACGUUUCUUCUGAGUUGUGAUUGUUGUCUUACACUAACGUGAUCCGGACUUGUACUCUUAGCAUGGUGAUGGGUUUGGAAAAGGAUCCUCGUGUGUUUUUAGAUGUCUCAAUUGGUGGGGACCCUGUGGAAAGAAUUGUAAUACAGCUUUUUGCUGGUGUUGUUCCCAAGACAGCUGAGAAUUUUCGGGCACUCUGUACAGGGGAGAAGGGCAUUGGGGCAUCCACGGCGAAACCUUUGCAUUAUAAAGGGACAAGUUUUCAUCGAAUAAUUAAAGGUUUUAUGGCUCAAGGUGGUGAUUUUUCAAGGGGCAAUGGCACUGGUGGGGAAAGUAUAUAUGGAGGAAAAUUUGCAGAUGAAAAUUUCAAACUAUCACAUGAUGGACCUGGUGUUCUUUCCAUGGCUAAUAGUGGAGCUAACACAAAUGGGUCUCAGUUCUUUAUUACCUUUAAGCGCCAACCACAUCUUGAUGGUAAACACGUUGUUUUUGGGAAAGUUGUCAUGGGAAUGGACAUCCUGAAGAAAAUUGAGCUGGUGGGAUCUUCUGAUGGGAAACCUGUUCAGCCUGUCAAAAUUAUUGAUUGUGGUGAAGUUUCGGAGACAAAAGUCCAGCAUGCUGUUGAGAAGGACAAGGGGAAAAAGAGAAAAUCAGGGAAAUCUGUAUCUCCUGAUGAUGGUUCUGCCAAAAGAUCAAGGGGUAGAAGGAAAAAAACUUCAAAAGAUACUAAGAGAAGGAAGAAGAGAUACUCAACAUCAGAUAGUGAUAGUAGUAGCAGUGACAGUUAUUCCUCAGAUUCUGAAUCAGAUUCAGAUUCUGAAUCAGAUCCAUCCCAUUCUGAUUCAAGUUCCUCUAGCUAUGGAAAGCAUCGGAAGAGGAAGGUGGAUAAGCGCAAGCAUGAGAAGAAGAGGAGAAAGGGACAAAAGCAUAGAAGGCGCCAGCACACUAGAAGUAGAAGAUCAAGACACAAGUCCAAAUGGAGUUCAGAGGAUUCAAGUGAUACAGAAAGUGAAAGUUCUAGUGCUAGUGGCAGUAGUUCUGGCAAGGAAAAGGCUGAUCGUCGUGGCUCUAGAUCUAAAGCACUUGCUGACAAUAAACCACAAAGGAAUUUAGACACAGGAAAGCAAUCUUCUAGUCCCCCUAUAAAAAGUAAAAGUAUUUCAGAACAAGGGAUGGAUACUAAGGCUAGAAGAACUGUGGACAAGGAAUCACAUGAAGAAGGUGAACUGUCUCCGGAAAAUGAUGAACUUCUGAAUAAUGGGCAUGAUACUCGGGCCAAACUUAGUAAACCUUCUAAGCAACAGACCUAUUUAGAUGAUUCAGAUCAGAAUAGAGGUGCAAGUCCUGGAAGAGGUCCUGCUGGGAAGUCUGGGGAGCUAAACCAGGGACACAGUGUAUUGGCUAGUCCUGGUCAAAAAGCAUCUGAACCAGCAUCUAAAACCCAGGGCUUUUCGAAAAGUCCUUCCCCACAUGGUAUGCCUAAGCGUAUAAAAAAAGGACGUGGCUUUACAGAGCGCUAUGCCUUUGCACGCAGAUAUCGUACUCCAUCUCCUGAACGUUCUCCCCCUGCAUAUCGUUAUGGCGAUAGAAAUAUUAGAAGGAACUUUGACAGAAACUCAAGCUACAGAAGAUAUUCUGAGCGCUCCCCUCCAAGACGUUUCCGGAGCCCACCAAGGGGUGGAAACCGUCCAAGAUACCAAAAUAGAAGAAGUCGAAGUAGGAGCAUCUCUCGCAGUCCAGUGCGUGGCCAUUUUAGAGACCAUGGUCGCAGCCAGAGUCCAGUACGUAGUCCUAGUCCUGAAGACAGGAGGCCUCCAAUAAGUGACAGAUUGAAAUCCCGACUUGGUCCUCGUAAUGAUCUACCCUCUCCGGACAAAGGCAGGUCAAGGUCCAAUUCCAGGAGUAACAGAUCUUCUAGUUCCAGAUCACCUGAUGCGACGCCACCAAAAGGACGACAUGAUAAAAGGACAUCAUCUCGAAGCAGGUCUAGAUCAAGCUCACUGUCUGGACAAAAGGGGUUAGUUUCUUAUGGAGAUGCAAGUCCUGAUUCUGGGGCAACGUAGGUAUGGUGCUAGUAGUAAAUCUCAAGCCUUGACAGGAGCUAAAAUUGCUAUACAUCCUAUAAAAAUAUCCAGUUGGUGGGAAAUGUGGCCAUAAUUUUUGUCUGCUUAUUCAUCCGCUUGUCCUUAGUUGAAUUAGGAUGUUAAACCUGUAGAGCCUAUUUUAAGUGUUACCAUUUAACUUUAAACCAAGUCACCAAGUCUCCUGAAGCCGUUUAGUUCAAAGUAGGUUGUUGGGGCCAAAACUUUUAAGAGACGCCUCUUAAACUGGUUCCAAUUGUACAUUAUCUUAAGCUGGCAUUGUUGUGCUCAUUAUUUUCUUGAGAAUAAUUUGUGAACAUGAUAACAUCUCUCCCUUUGUUUCUGACGUGUCAUAUUUUGGUUGUGAAAUGUUAAGUCAUUGGUGUUCUACCUCACUCUU